AAAGAUAUAAAAUUUACGCUCGUAGAAGAUCUACGCAUUCUGGGUUAUAUUCGGAAAGCUGUUAGACAACUGGAGCUGAUCAAGAAAACGCAUACAAAAGAAAAUGGGCAAGAAGUCAAGCGGUUAGCGUUGAUCGACGCAAAUAAAUUUAACAGUUUGAUGGACAUGCUUACAAAAAAUAAUGCACGAGAUGAGAUAUUGAAUAAUGCAAAACGAAGCAGCGAAGAGGCUGGUCUUAUUGAAAGUCGUCAGGAAGUUAAAAAAUCUGUUAGAGAUAAAUCUUCCACGGCCGGCAACGACAUCAUUAAUUAUCUAAGAAAAACGGAUAGUUAUCGAAAAUCGAUCGGUCUUGAUCAAGCUGUAGAUGAUGAUACUGUGGCACCGAAAAAUAAUCCUGUACCCGUGACGGCCGGUGCGUCGGGUGCGGGUCAUAAACCCGGCACAGUUGCUGCAUCGGCAGCAAAAAUAGAGCAACAUUUCCAAAAACACAAUGUAAAACCUACUGCUCAAGGCAUUCGAUAUGGUAGCAAUGAUUUGAAUAUAUCCUAUCAGGAUAUGUUGGAAGAUUUAACACGAAACUACGUACAAACUCAACCCAAUUUAAACGACCAUAGCCGGCGUCGUGUGUUACUGUUAUUAAAAAAAACAAAUAUGCCCAUUUCAUAUAUUCGAAAUAAAACCAUUAAAGAACAGUACAAACAAAUGUUGAGUCAAAGUGGACAAGCUAGCAAACCGGGACCUUCAGCUAUCCCCACCCCCAUAGCAAAAAGUAAAGGGAAACAGAGAAAAGCAAGAGGGUAUCUUUCAGAUUAA